CGUUGCUCGCCGUUUUUGUCGCAUCGCACACGCCAUGUCGCGCACUGUCAGCCGCGAUUCUUCGCGGACGGACGACGUAAACGUGACCACCGUCUUAUUGGUCGCAUCCAACGACAGACGAAAAUCCGUCGUCGUCAACAUGCGCCGCCACCGUUUCUCGUCCAACAGUUGGAUCUCAAUGUGGUCAAUUUUCGAUUUUUUGAUGGUUUUGUGCAUUUUUAUUGUGCAGCUAUCAGCGAAAGGUACAGUUAUGAACACACCGUGCACUAUUAUUGAUAACUGCUGUGUUCGCAACAUGACCAACUUUUGGAAACAUAAAACUGAGUUGCAUUGUUCGGGGAUUCAACAAAUACCGGUUGUUAAUGAGAUAAUACAUGUGCUAACUAUUGACGAUUCAGACGAUAUUAAAGAGUUAUCAGCAAAAUCGAUUAGUCCAUAUAGUAAUCUUACAGAUAUAAUAUUAAACAACAUGAAAAACCUAGAAUAUUUGGAUUCGUCAACUUUCAAAAAUUUAAAUAAAUUGCAAUCAUUGUAUAUAUUGCGAGCUAGUGUUUUGAAAGAACUAUCUUCCGAUAUAUUUCAUGGUCUUUCAAAAACAUUUUUAGUACUCCGUAUAAGUAAAGCGAAUCUUAGGGUCAUUCCCGAUCUUUCAGACCUCGGAACUCCGACUGCAAUGCACAUAAUUGAAUUUGAAGGAAAUCAGCUGGACACUUUACAAACGAAUGGAAUUAAAACUCGAGCAGAACAGUUGUUAUUGGAAUAUAAUAAAAUAAGUGUAAUUGAAAAUUGGGCGUUCAAUGGUUCUGAAAUAGCAAAACUAAGUUUGAGAGGAAAUUAUUUAGACUUUUUGUCUGAACACAGUUUUGAUGGAAUUUUAAACUUACGGACACUAGAUUUAUCACAUUCCUCAAUGAAAGUAUUACCGACAUCGGGGUUGAAAAGCUUAGAGGUACUUCGCGUAGAAAAUGCUCCUUCAAUGACUGUGAUUCCUUCAGUUUAUUUAUUUGGUAAUUUAAAAGAAGCUUAUCUCACUUAUUCAUUCCAUUGUUGCAGUUUUCAGUUUCCAGCUAAACAUGAUUAUUCAUCAUAUGAGUUUCAUAAAGAAGGUUCACAAACUCCAAGCGAAUGCGUUCAGAUGAAAAAAAAUUACAACUUUCAUGUGGUGUCCAAUGAUUUCAUAGAAAACGGUUAUAUAGACUAUGCAAACGAUAGCGAAGAACAGUUUUUUAACGAGCCGGCCAUAACAAAUAGUACCCAAGACAUUAUAUGUGGCAAUAUUACUCCACCUACCACAUCCGACGUCAAAUGUUGGCCACAACCGAACGCCUUGAAUCCAUGCGAAGAUAUAAUGGGUUUCUACUGGCUUAGAGUGUGCGUUUGGCUGGUGGGAAUCGCAGCGUUACUAGCAAACGUUGUUGUAAUGUUGGUGGUUUUCCGUAAAAAGUUUAAUUAUUCCGUGCCCAGAUUCCUGAUGAGUAAUUUGGCUUUCGCCGACUUCUGUACGGCCAUUUAUUUGUUGCUAUUGGCUUACGAGGAUUUGGUGUCCAGCGAAAAGUAUUUCAACUACGCUUACACAUGGCAAAACGGCGUUGGAUGCAAAAUUGGAGGUUUCUUGACAGUAUUUUCAUCUCAACUAUCAGUUUUUGCGUUAUGCUUGUUAACGAUUGAACGGUGGUACUCAAUACGCAGGGCACUGUACACAAACAAAAUGACGUUCGCUUCAACCGUGAGAAUUAUGGCUUUUGGUUGGGUUUAUUCAAUUGUAAUGGCGACUAUGCCAUUAUUGGGCAUUUCGAGUUAUUCUACUACCAGUAUCUGCCUGCCGAUGGACACUGCGCGCGCGAGUGGCAUGUGUUACGUGUUCACGCUGCUGACGUUUGCCGCGGCCGCGUUCCUGCUGAUGCUGUUCUGUUACGUGCAGAUCUACACGUCGCUGAGCUACGAGACCCGACACGCGGCCAAGGGCGAGGCGUCCGUGGCUCGCAAGAUAUCCGUACUGAUCGGCACAAACUUCGCGUGCACCGCGCCCGUCAUCUUCUUCGGCUUCACCGCGCUACUCGGCUACCCGCUCAUCGACGUCACCAAGUCGAAAAUACUACUCGUCUUCUUCUAUCCCAUCAACUCGUGCGCCAACCCAUUCCUCUACACUAUACUCACAGCCAGUUUCAGACGCGAAGCCUUCUCCACCGUCACCAAGUUCGGUCUUUGUUUGGAGAAUGAGAAAGAAUAUAAAGUGAUUUAUUCAACGCAAACCAACAACACCCAACGUUUAACUCCGGUGCACAGACAGACAUUGUCGUUGACGUUGCCACAGCCCUGAAUGAAAAACAUUCGACUACUACUAUUAUUAUUAUUUUUCGUCAUAAUUAUUAUUAUUAUUAUUAUUAUUAUUAUUAUUAUUAUUUACAGUUGCCGUAAUAGUAUUAUAUUUGUAGUUUAUAGUUUAUUAUUACUGCGAUCGUCGGCGUCGAUUAAACAAUCGGUAUGAUAAUAAUAUAAUAUAUUAAUGUUGUAUGUAAUGUGUGUACAGGCGAUUAGAUUCAUCGCCGGCGAUCGGUCUACAAAUAACUCGAAACGCGUAAUUAUCUAAAUCGUCUAAAAUCCCCAGUAAACGUAUAAUAUAACAUUCCUAUCAACGAAUCAAUACCUAAAUAAUUUAUUAUUCAUACUUACACCUAUAAAUUCCAGUUUUGCUCGCAUAGCGUAGUGCUUUAGCUAUGUAAUAAUAUUAUUGUCCCUCGCGCGUCUCCGAGAAGUAUUCGCUAUAUCUGCGUUAUGCGGCGUGUCUUACAAUAUUCUUAUUUCUGCAGUCAAAACCUUGACAUAUUGAUUGCGCGUUUUACGUUAUUAUAUAGAUUUCUCACUUUAAUUUUUCCUGUUUUCUGUCGAUGAUAAUAACGUGUAAUGUCUUAUUUACUUGUACCCACUCUACUAUUCCAAUAUUACAUUGUUUAUAUAUAUAACUAAUAGAUCUGUUUCCUCCCCCAUCAAACAGUCUGACUCUGGAUCUCUCGUUAAAAUACGUAACGUACAACAUGAUAUAAUUAUUAUGCCGUAUCGACGUGUUCAUGCUCCACACAAUUUAUCAUAAUAUAGGUAUUACCGGGCGAUUCGAUAAGAAAAAACAAACGAAAUUAUAUUCAUAAAAACCAAAACCAUUAGCUAAUAAUUUUUACUUAAAUUCUUAAACGAAGCACACUCGAUUAUAAUAUAAUA